AUGGAAACCGGGCAGAACAGUAGCACAGCGUAUACGGCUCGACCACUUACGGCGCAGUUUGACAGCGGGUCGUUUGUGGUAGGCGGGGGCGUAGCGAUUUUCCACGUUGCGAGCGGGCGCGUGGUGCUGUGUAGCUAUGAGUCUCGGGGACGCAAGGCGUAUUUUCUGCCCAAGGGGCGGCGGGAUGCCGGUGAGGAGAGUGGAGUUGGGGCGGAGAGAGAGGGGUUUGAAGAGUCAGGAUACCGUAACCGUCUUCUCCCCCUCCCAACGCGCCACUGCCAACCCCAAGCGCAUCCUCGCAUCCACGCCCCAAAGUCAACCGCUGAGCCUGUUCUUCUGCAAUUAAUGCCCCUACGCCACUACCAGUACCUCGUGUAUUGGUACAUUGCGGAGACGCUCCCACCAUCGCUGGAGGCAGAACUCGAAACACCGCCUGGGGCACCGUACAAGGCGCCGCCAGCGUACCCGCAGGACCUCUCUUUGCUCGACCGAAUCGCGCAGGAGCCACAGGGGUAUGAGCCUGUGCAUCACGAGAACACGGGCGUGGACGAGAUGGAGAGGCAGUACAAGAGCGAGCUGUGUAGCGUGGAAGAUGCAGUGCGGAAAUUAGGGCGUGGACAGGGCAUGGGUGCUGCGAUGGCAGACGUGGUGAGGAGGGGGUGGGAGGGGAUUCAGAAGAGGUUAGCCAUGGAGAGUACGGCUACGCAUGAGAGUCCCGAGGCGGCGUGAAGCACACGUAUGCACACUAGAAAACACAGUAGCGUGUGAGCAUGGCUGCAGUUGAACCAGACUACUGCUGCUACACCCAGGUAUGCUGUGUACUCAAGAUACGAAUCCAGACUCUCGACUCUGUCCGCAUACGGAUAAACUCCAGAGAAGCACACCCAUCCAUGCAUCCAUCUUGAUCCUACCACCAACCCUUCUCCGAGCCUGGAAAAUGCAAAUACCUUGGCAGCAGAGGAGCAAAAAAGCCCUGUCCAUUUACCCGACGGCCAGCUCCA